AUGCCAAUUUCUUUUGUGUCAGUUCCUAAAAUCCUGUUAAACAAACCUUGUCAACCAGAGGAGGCAUGUCUGGAUCCCAAUGCUUCUUGUCUCAGUGGCUUGUGCGUCUGCAAUGAAGACAACUUUUAUGACAAAAAUGAGACCUGUGUGCCAAAGCUGCCAGUAGGUGGAGCCUGUGUGGCUGGCACAGAUAUCUGCUUGGAUUCUAAUGCAGCAUGUGGUCUCUCAAACAUGUGUGAGUGCAAGAAGGAGUUCUAUGUGAAAAAUGGAGAAUGUGUACCCUUGCUCGGUUUGGGCAGUUCUUGUGUCCAGGGAGCUGACCAGUGUGAAGAUCAUAAUGCCAAGUGUGUGUCAGGCACAUGUCAGUGUGUGGGGGCAUACUAUAAUAAAGACAGUGCAUGUGUCCUCAAGCUUGAGCUGAAGUCUAAGUGUGACCUGAGGGUUGAUGAGUGCAGUGAUGAAAACUCAGCAUGUGUUCAGGGCACCUGCUCCUGUAACCCAGACUAUUUUGAGAAGGAGAAUAAAUGUGAGUCUAAAGUACUGAUAGAUGAAAGCUGUACAAGAAGAGAAGAGUGCCUUGACCCAGUAGCACUGUGUGAGAAUGGGAAGUGUAGCUGUAGAGCCACACAUUACAAAAACAGGGACAGUACUUGUGUUUUAAAGAAGCUUCACGAGGAGUCCUGCAGUUCGGAAGAUGAAUGUGCAGAUGAGAAUGCUGUCUGCAAUCAACAGUGUAGGUGCAAAGAAGACUUCCAUUUCUUUGAAAACAAGUGUGUUCCCCACUUUGGCCUUGGUGCUCCCUGCGUUACCAAGGCCCAGUGUGCAGACCCCAAUGCAGCGUGUGAUGAUAUCUGCCGGUGCCAGGAGGAGUAUUUUGAACUUGAGGGAGAGUGUGAAAAGAAAGUUCCUUUGAAUGAGCCAUGUCCAGGUCCAACCUACCUGUGCAUGGACAGUAGUGCAAAGUGCCAAGAUGGCCACUGCCUCUGCCUGGAUACACACUAUGAGAAAAACUCUGCCUGUGAAUUAAAGCGCUCCCUGGCGGCCACGUGUGACCCUGGACUGGACGUUUGUAAAGAUGUUAAUGCCGUGUGUGAUCAGCAGGACAAUAUGUGCAGCUGCACUGAGGACUAUCAUUCAAAGUCUGGCCACUGUGAACCAAAUAUUUUAACCACAUUUAACUGCACAUUUGGAUCAGAAGAUGUGUGUGCAGAUCCGAAUGCUGAGUGCGCGGAGAGUGGAACAUGUGAAUGCAAACAGGAAUUUUAUUACGAACAGGAGAUGUGCAACCCCAGGGGUUUCCUGGACACCCCGUGUCUACCUGGUGCCCAGUGUGUGGCAGCUUUCACAGAGUGUGUCCUGGUGCAGUGUGUCUGUGACUCUGAACAUUAUAAGAAGAAUGAUAAAUGUGUGGAGAAAUUGGGACUGUCAGUGUCCUGUGGGCAGGAGGAUGUGUGUGCAGACCCCAGUGCCAGGUGUAUCAAUUCUACCUGUAUCUGCACUCAGUCCUUCUACCAGGACGAGGAGGAACAUAUGUGUAAGCUGCGUGGCCUGGUCCUGAAGCCAUGUCUGCCUGGUGACCGCUGCUCGGCUGACCACACUGUCUGCCAAGAUGACCGCUGUCUGUGUGAGGAUGACUUCUUUCCCAAACAAGGACAAUGUUGUAAGGAGACUGAAUAUUUAGAUGAUAUCAAGGAACAUGAAAUGUUGAAACCUUCACCUGGAGAGCGCUGUCUUCCAGAUGAUGUGUGUAGAGACGUGCAUUCCACGUGCUCUGGCAGUGAAUGCACGUGUAUAGAGUACUUCCAUCUCGUAGAUGGGCACUGUGUACUAGGAGGUAUCCUGGGUUUGCUGUGUCUUGGUGGAGAGUGUACUGAUGAUCACAGUGUCUGUGUGGAUGGUGUGUGCCAGUGUCAGGAUACACACUACCUGGAACAGGACAGAUGUGUUCCCAAGCUGGCACUAGGAGAGCAGUGUCCAGAUCUCCCUACUGAUCUACAUCCCUGUGCUGAUCUACAUGCUAGGUGUACCAAUGGCAGCUGUCAGUGCUCUGAUGACUUCUUUCCAAACAAUUCUACCUGUGUCCUCAAAGGAGGGCUGGGUCGCCCCUGUAGAGUUAACGGACAGUGUGAUGACAGAUUUGCUGAAUGUCUCCAGGGAACAUGUGUCUGUGUAGAAACACACUUUGAGAAGAGUGACACAUGUGAUCGUAAGAAGAAGCUGUACAGUGCAUGUGUUGAAGGAGAUGUUUGUGAUGAUGAAAAUGCAGAGUGCCAGCAACAGCGGUGUGUAUGUAAACAAGAUUUCUUCCCAAAUGCCCAAGAUGUUUGCACAUCCAAUGGACAAGUUUUGACUCCAUGUCUGCAAGGAGAACGCUGCCUGGUGACCAACUCUGUAUGCGACAGGGGAGUCUGUAUUUGUGACUCUGGGUAUUUUGUCAAGAAUGCUCUCUGUGUUCCCCAUGUAUCGUACAACAGCCAGUGUGAUCAGGAAGAUAUAUGUGAGGGGGACAACGUGGUCUGUCGGGGGUCAGAGGACUCUGACAUCAGAAUGUGUCAGUGUAGACACAACUAUCACAGGCAGGGAGACAGAUGUGUACCCCUGGGUGAGUUGGGUAGAACAUGUCUCCCUGGGGACAGGUGUAGUGACCCCAGUGCUGAGUGUGUUAACAACCAGUGCCAGUGCCAGGGGGACCAUUUUGUUAAACAUGGGGUCUGUGUCCCCAAGGUGCCCCUGUCAUCGACAUGUCUGCAAGGAGACCAGUGUCUGGACGGGAAUGCAGAGUGUAGAGAGGAUGCCUGUAGAUGUAGAAAUGGUUACUAUGAACAGGGAGGCAGAUGCAAGGCCAAAGGCAAGCUGAACACCCCUUGUGAUGAUGGAAACUCUUGCAAGGAUCCAAAUACUUUUUGUAGCAAUGGAAUAUGCCUCUGUAGUGAAAACUAUUAUGAAAAACAAAAUCUCUGCAUUCCUAAGAAAACGCUGGAUGCCUUCUGCACUCCUGCUGAUAAAUGUGAAGACCCUCAAGCUAAAUGCAGUGAAGCCACUCGGAGUUGUGAGUGUGAGGAAGGUUUCUCCAAGGAUCUUCAGCUGGAUGCAUGUGUCUCAGUGUCAUAUGAAGGCGCAGCAGGUGGACGUUGCCUGCCCUCUGGUGGUGAGGACUGUGCAGAUGUCAAUGCACAUUGCACAAGUGUUGGACUGUGCCAUUGCAUUCUGGGAUAUGUGGCUCAUGAUGGAAAAUGUGUGCCCAAGAGGAGCAUAGGUUCCAUUUGUAAUUCAAGCCUCACCUGCCAGGACAGCAAUGCUGAGUGCAGAAAUGGUGUUUGUGUCUGCUCAGAUAUGUUCUUUGAAGACAGAGGGAAAUGUGAAACAGCCUACUUUUAA